UCUAACUGUUUAUUUUUGACCCGACGCGCACGAGCUUUUUUGUUAAGUAUUUUCUAUAUUUUAGACCAAAUUGCAGGCGGGUUAACGCAAAAUGACGGAUUUCAAUGCGUCCGCAGCCAUGCUGCCAUUGGACGAGUACUACCAACAGUGUGUAAUACCAAAACCAAUAGUUCCGCCCCGUUACUCCAGUAAUCCCAUUCCAAAGAAAAACAGACGCCAGGCCGGGCACCUGAGGUCUUACAGGGAGGUGGGCCAAGAUGACGACGACGAGGAUGAGGACGAGGAUAUCAUGGGCGCCGAGCUGGAGAGGAACUACCAGGAGGAAGGCGCCAGCAAUGCCAAUCUCAACUUUGAGAUGAACGACUUCAAUAAGAUGUACUGGGAGGAGGCGGGUUUGCCGAAUCCGGAACUCUCGCAAGGCUCUGCCCAGUGGCACACUUACGGCAACAACUUGAACCGGCCAGCGGGAGCACCUUCUCUGGUGCCCAAUGAACCGGCACGUGGCAGUGUCAAGUCGCGUCUGGAUCUGAGAAAUGGAUCACGUUUUCGAAACAAUAAUAACCAGGGGCGCCAUUUUAACAACUCACAACAUCGCAACAACUUUCACCGCGGACAGCAGCAGGCGCAGAGCGACAUGGAGCACCGCAUGCGUACCGCCUACAACGCCUUCAGCAGCCAGACAACAACCAGCCAAGCCAUACAUCCAGGCGACGUAUUAACGAACAUAAACAAUCAUUUCCAGUAUCCUCAACAGGGCCCCAGUGACCUGCUCACCAGCACCAACAUGAGGGGAUUCGAGCCCAACGACUGGACCGGCUCCAGUUCAAUCAACUCCCUGAUCGAUUCGGUCUCCAAUAUCCCGGAUAAUCGUGUCAAUAAUCGUGUGGGCUUGAGUUCGCACAUUACCCCAUUGAACGACAAAUUUGGCAGUGGAGCACAGGAUUACUAUCUUCAGGAGCCGAGCUUGGACACCACCAACGAUUCCGAGAGCAUGAAAGUCAGUAAAAUGGCCCAUAACGUGCUACUCUUGCUCAAGAGCGUCGCUCAGAGGACCGAGCAAGGUGCAUCAACUGACUUUUUGCAGAACAUCGACUGGAUGAACGGACCGGUAGAAGAUCCCCAAAGUGACGAUAUGCCAGGAUUGGUCGGGCAGUACCAGCAGCAGCGCUUCAACUAGUCAUCCAAUCUGUAUUAAGUUAUUUUUUAAGAACCAACAUCACGAUGUUCAAAUUCGAAUUAGUUGGGAUUGGCGGGCACUUUCUGUGCGAAUUGUUAUUGUUGUGCAGAGCAAGAAGAAGAUUUCGGUGAGGUUCAGUGAAUGGCAGCGAGUGAAUAGACGACGACGACGACGACGACGACGGAGGUUUUUUUAUAUACAAUACAUAUUUCGGCUGAUAAGAACAGGCUGGGCCGCUUAUCAGCAAUGCACAACAAGAAGCACACACGGACGGGCGAGAUGUGAGAAGCGAAAGCGGACGAAAAUAGAAACAAACGGCGAUAAAUUUACAGCGAAGGCGAAUUUUUAUACAUAAGCGAAGUGCCGCAGAGGAAUAGAGUAGUAAUCCAAUCAGUUAAUCAGCCAAACAGCCGGAGUGCGACGUGAAAAUGAUCAGUGGGAACGGAUAGCGAGAUAGUGAGCAGUGAUCGUAACUCCGGAUAGUGCUAAAUAUCAACCCAAACCCAACCUAUGUGUUGUGCCUUGUCGAAUGUAGAACGGCCACCUAAUUUGUUAAUUUUUUGUUGGUCAAAUGCCGACGGAGGCAGCCAACUAAACAAAGAGCCAUUGAUUCUUUUCAUUUAGUAACUUGUACAUCCUAGUUUUGUAGCGGUACCAAACUCAUAAACCCGCAAAUAAUAAUAGACAAUAAACUUAAAUCAGAACCC